AUGCCACGUCCAUUCGAACAAGGACUUCCCCCAAUCCUUCAAGGGGAAGAGUUGAAAAGAAAUCCACCAUACGAGCAGACGGCCUCGGGCUCGGGGCAGUCGCCUCAUGCCUCGUCUUCCAGUUCGGUUUUCGGCUCAGCACAGUCGCCCAUGCAAUCUCAACCAUCCAGCCGCACGCUGCCGUCACCACCAUCAAUUCAAUAUCCGCGGACAGGGAGUUCGGAAUAUGUACAAUACUCUCCCACGACAACUCAGGCUGCCCACACUUCUCACCUCCAAGACCUACAACACCAGAUUUCGACCAAGACUCUCGCGCUUCAGACUCUACAACGUGAACAUGACCAGUUGUUGGCCGCUUUUUCAAGGUCUCAGAUUCGGUGCACCGCUUUGGACAAGAAGUCGCAAGUGUCCGAUCACGAAAUCAACACGUUGACCGAGGACAAAAUACGGCUCCAGCAACAGGUAGAUGCAUUGGAAAGUCAGGUCCAGGAUCUGGUCAAAUCACGUGACGAAGUUCAUCAGCAAUCGUCAGCAGAUGGUGCACAGUGGAGACAAAUCGUGGCUAUGUCAUCGCAACUACAACUCAAGGGAGCUGACGAAGCACGACGGUUCAGACUGGAGCGAGAAGGGUGGGAGCGAGAACGGGCAGCGCUGCAGAAACGAAUUGAAGAACUCGAGUCCGGUAAGGAAAAGCUUCCCGAGACGAGGCCGGUUUCUGGUUCCACGACCCCCGUGGCAAACGAUCCCAUUCUGACUUCGGGCUCCGUUGAGGUUCUUAGAGAAGAGAUUAUCAGGCUUCGGCGCCGGUGUGUCGAAUUGGAACUAAUGCUUCAAGAGCUCGCGGGAGAGGCCGAGCAGAUCGAAAGUGCAAUUACCGCAAUGGAGAACGUUCGAAAAUCACUCACGAGCAAAAAACGCCGCACAGAUGAUAGUUAG